GUGUGUGUGUGUGCUGCUCGGAUUGGUGUCUACAGCCCUGUUAUGAGCUCGGCUCCAGUCAAGCUGUACCUUCAGAAAGAUAGAAUUCUUGUCUGGAACGCAGAUGAUGUCAACAAGAUUCGAUGUCAGCAUCGCAUCGUCGGAAUGCAGGUCGGCUGUUUUCCGCGCUGCCCAUUUCAAAGCGUGCUGCUUGGAUUGCCAGUGCAGCUUGCCAUGGAAGAGGCGCAUUUGCUUAUUUCCAAAGGUUUCUGUAUUCUUGUGGAAAACGCGAAACUGAGCCAGCCGCCCACGGUCGCGACGAGGAGCACGUCACGUGUUGACAAGUGCGCGGAGGAUGUCUAUCAAGAGCAGGCUGAAGCAGUCAUGGCGCAACGAAAAGCCGAGAUCGAGCAACAAGCAGAUAAUAUUGUUGCUGGUCUUGUUAAAAAAAGGAGAGGACAGCAGGUCUCCAAGAAGGCAAGAAAGAAGCUCAAAAAGAGCAGCAGCACCGAGUUGAGCAAAGGUAAUGCAAGCUCUUUUACCGAGCUCAGCGAGGUGCAACCAGAAGACAUGGAGGCCCAGAGGGAAGCUGUUAUUGCCAACGUGAUGAAGAGCAAGGUGUCUAUGCCAUCACGAGACAUCACACUGGCACCUGUCCUGUACGAGUGCCUGCGAACAAAGGCAUCGAACUUGGUGCCUGUAGAGUUGAACUACCCGAGGACUGAUGCGCACAAGGUGCGUUGCCGAGUGUUCAAGGAUCUCUGGGAAAGGGGCUACUACAUGACAGUCGGAUCUAAGUUUGGAGGAGACUUCUUGUCUAUUCGGUUAGUUGAUGGUGAGCGAGUCGCAGGGCAGCUCAUGCGACAACUGCGUCUGCAAGUCGCUCAGCUUCUUCUUGAGCACGCUCAGGCCGCUCAGCACGAUGUUCUCGGGCUUCAGGGCGCCCGACGACUCGACGUUGAAGUAGAACUUGUUGGGCUUGCCCUCGCUCUGGAACUCGGCCUCGGCGCGGUCCUCGUCCAGCUCGGUGUACUCGCUCUUGGGCCACUCCUCGGGCCGCGGGUAGGUGGUGUGUCGGAACGCGUUGUCCGGGUCGUACUCGAACGCCACGCCGCACGUGGGGUUCCACUUGGCGUGCUCCUUGCCGAACCCUUUCUUGGCGUAGGCGCGGGCCUUGACCUCCUGACCUUUGCGCAGCUUGACGAUGAGGAUGUCCUCCGUCUCGCCGUACUCGUUGGUGUCGUCCUUGUGGCGCGACGUGACGGGCACGACGCGCGGGUCGCUCGACUUGAGGUCGGCCGUGGUCACGUGGCGCGUCUGCUCGUCCAGACACUUGACGUCGAGCGUGAACUCGACCGAGCACUCGGUGCAGAAGUCGGCGCACGUGCAGUCCCGCGAGUACUGCAUCUUGUCGACGAUCUCGUCGCUCGUGAGCGGGAUCAGGCCGAGCCGGUGCGCUAUGAACUCGUCGUGCAGCACGGUCGAGUUGGCCUCCAGCUGGACCCAGUCGAUCGCCAGCGUCGGCGUCUCGGCGAUGAAGACUCGACGCAGGCUGUUCGCCACGCUCAGGUCGGUGUCCUCGAUGAAGAACUUGACGUUCUCGUCCGUGAUCCGCUUCUGUUCCAUGCUUUCGGUGUGGUGGUGUGUCUAGGCAGGGACCACAAAGUGGCCGGCCGCGACAUCGUCAUGUGGGGCCGCCUGGGGAACGCAGUGCAUAAGACUAUCAUCCUGGCCACGCUUCGAGACAAUCAAGUGCAUUACAUCUCGCUGCGCUGGAGUGGUGAAUUGUGACCUACGGACUAUACUUGCAGCUCAUUGGUGGGAAUGACAUUGUCAUUUUUUUUUUAAUCAUAAAGGUUUGUGAUUCAUACAGCUUAUGGUUCGAGCUAUAGGCACGAAGCUUUUGUUCUGGACUGCAGUUUAGGCUGAUAUGCAUUGCUCUACAGUAUGACUAAAUUUAAGUCUGAGAAGGCCCCGCCUAGAUUACUGAAGCUCAGCAACGGAUGGUCUCUGCAAAUAAAUAAAUAGUCCGGCUCACACA